GAGAAAGCGCGCAGGCGCGAACACUUCAAAAAUGGACAUUUCCACAGCAUAGUUUUAUCAUAGCAAUUUAGCUUAAUUUUGUUAUAUUUAGUAAGAUUUGUAUUAGAUAAUUGUUAAAAAUGUUAGGAAAACAUUACAGUAAGGGAACAAAAACAAGCGUAUUUCGCUUUUGUGUUAGUAAGUGAAAUGUUUCUGCAGGGUCGUGUUAUAAUUGUUUGGUUAUCUUGGCUUAUUGGAGGUAUUUGCGGAGUUGUUAUUUUGUUAGUUAUAAUUUGUUACUGCCGCCUAAUGCCGCGUCAUCAGAAAUCGUUUGAUGAACAAUAUCUUAAGGAAAACUAUGCUAUCAAAGAAAAUCAUGCAUAUACUAGUCAGGAAAAUUAUAGGAUGAAACAUGCUGAGGUUCAAGUCCAGCGUCACACAAGACCAGUCAGCUAUGCAGGAGAUGCGGAGUGUAGAGGGUCGCGGGAAGGGCGCCAUCCACCACAGUGCUAUGUCAACCGAGUUCCAGACACCAGGGAGCAAUGCAUGCAAUAUGCUUCAAGCAGUAUGCUAGACGAAAUAGACAGUGCGGCGAACAUUGAUGCAUUAAAGACAAGAUCGCUCCCUGCGUUUCUCAGGCCCAAACCUCGACCACUGUCCACCGAAGAUGACCUACAACAACUGUACGCUAAAGUAAAUCUAAGCAAGAAAUACAAGAAUCGCAUGCGCAACGAACACGCCGCCAUCAUCGCCCUCAGUAAGUCACACAGCCAGUUCUUUGACGCGGACGCCGUCAUUGUCUAUGACCAACGAACAGCGCUAUAAACAACGGCGUUCCUAAUUCAAAAUGUAUUCAAACAUGUUUAGUCUGUCGCUUCAAUGUGUUUGUUUCAGCUUAGCUUAGAUUCGUGUAAAUCACACAUGAUAUUUCCAAAUGGGACUGUGUUAUCUAUCUGGCCACAAUUCGAGAAUGUGUGGCUUUAGUUACAAAUAUCAAAUUAUAGGUACUGUCCAAUAACUUAAGCUGAAAUGUGGACGCACCAUAACAUGGUAAUUGAAGACAGAUCUAGUAAAAAAAAUAUUAUAACAGCUAGAAAUAACAUAUAAUGAGGCAUAACUACCACCAGAGCCUAGUCAAAGAUAUGGGCACCUACAUACAAUCUAUUCGUGGCCACUACUGACUAAAGGCCUCUCGCACGCAUAAGGUUUGAGCAUUAAACAGGACGCUUGCUCAAUGUGGGUUGGCCAUUUCAAACUUACAACAGCCCAGGUGUCCUUCCAAUGGUUCAACGCUUUUCAGUGGUGUCUAAAUAAUCUUAAGAAGUACAUAUAAUUUGGAAAAAGUCACAUUGGUACUUACAUACCUUAUGCGUGAGAAGCGGGCGUGGGUACCUAUAUCCAUGAUGUUAUAUUUAUACCAACGCGUUAAUAAAGAUAGGUUCUAGUCAUCAUAUUUAAGCUAUGUCUUGAAAUAGUUACGUAAAGCACAUUCAACCGACAGACUACAAUAUGUUUUAUAAGACAAUACUA